UGUCAAAUGUUUUUAGUGCCAAAUGGAAUAAUAAAACGCAAAAGGAAAAUGAACUUGUCAAUUUGACACUGUCAGAGCCAGUCCAAAACAUUCAAGUUUCCCGAAAAGGCAAUAAAUAUUGAAGCAUAAGAACAAGUAUUCUGUACCAAGUAACGAAUAUUUUCCAUAAUAAUUGAAAGGAAACUGGAAUUGUAUGAUCAUUUGCCAUUACUUAUUUAAAAAAAUAUUUAUUGUGUAUGAAAUAUUAUUUUUGCGGCAUUACGACGUUUUAUCAAAAUAUUAUAAAUGAAUACGAUGGAGGAGGAUUGCCCAGAGCUGAUGCUGAAGAAGCUUUGCUGCACUUGUUUGAGUGUAAAUCGCAAGUUGUUCUUACUUUGCCGGGUUGACGACGGGGUCAAUAAUUUGUAUUUAUUAUUGUCUUCAGAUGAUGAGGCAUAUAGAGAAGGCUUCUACAAGGACACAGCAACUCUAUUCAUAUGUUUUGAAUGCAAAGCAAUCAUGAGACGGAUCAGCAGGUUCCGAAGCCAAGCUUGUGUUGCACUGAAGAAGCUCACGGCUAUUGUGGAGGGACGGACAGAUGCAAAGUCAAUGCAGUGUUUAUCAACUCUAACAUCGCAUUAUAUCCCGACAUUACCAUUUGAAACUGUAAAAUCUGAGCCAAAAGACACAGACUCCUUCGUAGACUGCGGCCCUGAUUUAGACCUAGAUGUGGAUUUAGAUGACGUACCUCUGUCUGACCUUCACAGCUAUCAGCAGGCUAAGCUGGAGGUUUUAGAACCAAAUAAUAUCAAACAGAUAAAAGAUGUAAAAGAAAAGAAGAUAAAAACAAGAAAGGUAAAAAAGAAAAUGACAGAUAAAUAUUUUACAAUUAUGAAAAUUAAUGAAGAUGAAAUGAUACAAUGGAGGCAGAGAAGACGUUUAGUUGAUUCUUAUGUCGAAGCUAAAUAUAAAUGUGAGGGAUGUUUGGAAGGAUUUGAAAUUUUGGCAGAGUUUGAUAGACAUAAUAAUGUGUUUCAUGCAAAGAAACCAAACCACUCGCGGUGCGAUAUAUGUCAUUCUUACGUCAUAACGGCUGCUCUGUCGGACCAUAGACAAAGUCACUACCAGAAGUGUAACUGUCAGUUUUGCGAUUAUAGUUGCUAUGUUCUCAGCGAUAUGGUCAAACAUUUAAGGACUGGGCACGCUGUGAAGAGUGUUUGGGCAAAGUUUCAGAGACAAAAGACACCUCAAGCGAAGACUCAAAUCUCAAAACCGCGCACAAAAAGAAUAUUGACGGACAAAAAGACUUCUAAAGGCUUCAAAUGCCCGGACUGCGAUAAAUAUUUUGACAAUAAAAACGUAAGAUAUAAGCACAUAAGAAGGCACCAUAGCGAAGGAUUUUCUUGUAGCGUUUGCGGGAAACGCUACCCGUUCAAAGAUAACCUUAUGAAGCAUGAAAGACUGCAUCAAGGCCCUCUCCCUAGGGAAGAGUGUACCAUCUGCCAUAAAAUGAUCAGGAUCGACUUAGUAAGGACACAUGCGAGGAUACACUCGGCAAGGGAAACUAUAACUUGUGUGGAAUGUAACAAGAGCUAUAUUAGCAGAGCGUCGUACGAGAACCAUUUGAAGUACAGUCAGGCGCAUGCGUCGCAGGAUGUUUUGAAGUACAAAUGCUCAAUGUGCGACAAAGGAUACAGGUCUAAGGGAGAACUGAGAGACCACGUGAACUACCAACACCUUGGGAAGACGCAGCACAAGUGUCCUGUAUGCGGGAAGGCAUUAGCUACGCGCCGCUGUAUCACUCGGCACGUGAGACGCGCGCAUCACGACAUCAAAGAGAGUCCGCGGGAUAAGAUAUGUCAACAGUGCGGGAAGGCUUUUAGAGACAAAAAAGGCCUCCGCGAGCAUGAAUUCAUCCACACAGGCGAGCGCCCUCUAUCGUGCGAGAUUUGCGGCUGUACGUUCCGACAGAGCGCCUCUCUAUACACUCACAGGAAGAGGGUACACAAAAUAUACCCGCAAAGGAAGAGCGUAGAGUUAGUUGAGCCGAGUUGAAAAUAGCGCCAUCUGUUAUCGUGGAAAUUAAAUUUUGGUGUGGGAUGACACAUCGUGACAUCUGUUGGGGAAUGGAUAUUUUUUUAAAAAUAAAAUAUUUGGGAGAA